AUGACUUCGAAGUUAACAGAUUGCUUCAAAAGUCUGCGCCUGGUUCCAGUACCAUUUGGUGAAUAUCAGAGAAAUGAUCCCGACACGCCUCCUAUUAUGGUUAAUUUUCGUUUACCGGAUUUAUGGCGAACUGUACGAAUAGAAUUUAAAAAUGACGAAGAGCGCUUAUUCACUGACCGUUCAACCAUAUGCAAGCUUUCUAAAGUCUGCGCCAAUGAAGUUGAAAAUCUUGAAAAGGCAGGACAGGAGCUUGUCAUUCGAUUGGACAAUGUAACCUGCGAUGCUAUGGAGCGUCUGCUUUUUGCCGUCUGUCCUACAAUAUAUGGGCAGUAUCCAAUUCCUCCAACAAUUUUCGAUGUUUGUAUUAUCUGUCCAGUUGCUUGCUCCCUGCAAAUGGAUAUGGUUAUCAUGAUGUGCGAAAAGGUUCUGGAAAACGAUAUACACUCGGAACUUACGCCGACUGAUUUACUCAUCAGUUCCUUUAGCACGGCAUAUAAAUGUCAACUGAAACCAACAUUGCAGGCGAAACUAUUCACCAAAAUUCUGGAAUGUGAGUACUGGAAAUUAAAACUCUCUUUAGUUCGUAAAGUCGAUUCACCCUGUUUGCGCAUUUUCUUGUGGUAG